CAGGCCCGACAGGUGUUUGGAGGGAAAGGGAUGGAUUAUGAGCAGCGUGACGCGCCCCCUGCCGACAACGCCGUUCAAAGAGCGGCGGCAGGAGAGCUCUCCACAGCACUCAGCGAAGCCGAGUCAGAGGGGCGCGACGGCGGCCCAAAAGCGACCUCCCACCGGCCAAUGGGAUCACCAUCACAGCGGGGCUCUCGCCGUCCUGUGGUGGAGCGCGGAGCACUCCCUCGCCGCCGAGUGAGAUGAGUGCCCGCUCAAGUGUGCACAAAUCACUGUGAAGCAGAUGCACACUUCCCAAGAGAACGUGAGCCGGCUCGCUCCUCGCUCCCACACAUGUGAAUGGCAGUGGCCGGACGACUGUCGCUGGCAACAAGGAACGCAAGCCUCGCCACUCCAUCCACCGCAACCUCAUCAAAAAUCACAACCCAGAUUGAAGUUAUCCCUUGCAAGAUCUGUGGUGAUAAGUCCUCUGGAGUGCAUUAUGGAGUCAUCACAUGUGAAGGUUGCAAGGGAUUUUUUCGGCGUAGCCAGCUGCCUACAGUGUCCUACUCCUGUUCCAGGCAGAGUAACUGUACCAUCGACAGGUCCAGCCGCAACCGCUGCCAACACUGCCGUCUGCAGAAGUGCUUGGCCCAGGGCAUGAGCAGAGACGCUGUUAAGUUUGGUCGGAUGUCCAAACGCCAGCGGGACUCUCUGAUCGCUGAAGUGGAGCGGCAUCGACAGCAGCAGCAGCAGCAGCAGCUCCAAGUAGAUGCCCAGUCAGGCUUGGCCUACCACACCAAGGAGCGCGAAGACUGCUCCCCGCAGCUCCUUCAGCCCAUGACGCCAGCCUACUGCUCUGGGGAAUCUGAGCUGCUGUCCUUCACUUCUGAUGUUCAUCCCUACCUGCUGUGCACUCCCAACCAGCCACAAGUGUCCGAUAUGAUCUACAGAAGCUCUGGCGUCUCACCCUCAUCUAGAGCCCACAUGAGGGGGGACACCAGUGGACAUUCUGAGAUUAGAGUAGGAUUCAAUUCCAGACAGCACUCACAUGACCCGAUGGCGAUUCAUCCCUACAAUCCACCAGAGGAUCCUCGUGGCCCCUAUCCUUCCUCUCUGCGUAAUAUAGAUGAACUAUGUGACAGCAUCGUCCGCUCCAACAAAGACACCUGCCAGUAUCGAGCGGAGGAGCUGCAGGCGCUCAAGUGGAAGGUGUUCAGCAGAGAGGAGAUGCAAGCCUACCAGAGCAAAUCAGUGGAUGAGAUGUGGCAGCACUGCGCCGUUAGGCUGACUGAUGCCGUACAGUAUGUGGUGGAGUUUGCAAAACACAUCCCCGGAUUCCGUCUGCUCAGUCAGAACGACCAGAUCGCCCUUCUCAAGACUGGUUCUAUGGAGGUUGUUCUGGUGAGGAUGAGUCGCGUCUUCAACGCAGAGAACAACACCGUCUUCUUUGAUGGCAAAUUUGCUGGAACUGAAGUCUUCAAGUCUUUGGCGUGUGGCGACUUAAUAGCGGCGGUGUUCGACUUUGCUCACAGUGUGUGUGCUUUAAAGCUCACCGAUCAGCAGGUGGCCCUCUUCAGUGCACUGGUCUUGAUCAAUGCAGAUCGUCCAUGUCUGGAGGACAGAGGCAAGGUACUGUGCGUGCAGAGAAGCGUGGAGUUAGGUCUCACACACAUUCUACACAGAGACAACCGGGACAGUCUAAUGCACAAGCUGUACCAAAGGAUGUCCGUGUUGCGUUCACUGUGCAGUCUGCACACGGAGAAGCUUCGCUGGUUCAGUCAGCGCUACCCGCUGACCGCCCACUGUCUUUUCCCUCCGCUCUACAAGGAGCUGUUUGCUUCUGAGGCAGAGUUGAUGUUGCUGCCUGGAGCCACACACUGAUCACACCCAAGACCACACACACGUUGGCAUACAUAUCUAAUGAGAUCCAAUACAAUAACUGUACGAGAAAGUAUGCAAAGACAGUAUCUGGCUCAGGGUACACCCUGGACUGGUCGCCAGUCAACUGCAGGGCACCUAUAGACAAACAACCAUUCACAUUCACUUUUACACCUUUGGACAAUUUAGAGUUUUAAAUUAACGUAACAUGCAUGUUAUUAGGAAGUAGGAGGAUGUCGGAGUGAGGCAGAUGUGCUAACCACAUGCUGCGCCGAAAAUACUGUACUUCCGCAAAUAGUUACCAAGGGUGUUUUUUUACUCAACUGCAGUUGCGGGAAAGGUGUGUUUUAGGGGACAUUUUUAGAUUAAGUAACUCCACACGCCCAUUUCUCAGGGUUAGGGACCGAGGCCUGCCGCCAAUACCGAAAAGCCCUAAUUAGCGCUCUCCCAAAAAGGUUUAUGAUUGCCUAUAUUCGCGCCGUAAAUAUACCACAAACUAUGAUUCCAAAACACUUAAAUAUCAUUUCAAACUCAUCUUAAAACAUUACUCUUAAAAAUAAAUGGCUUACAGAUGAUUUGAUUUAGGUGGCACGGUGGUGGGCUGGUUAGCAGAUCUGCUUCACAGUUCUGAUGAGCCGGGUUCAAAUCCGGCCUCGCCUGUGUGGCGUUUGCAUGUUCUCCCCGUGCCUGUUUAGGUUUUCUCCAAGUAUGCUGGUUUCCUCCCACAUCCCAGAAACAUGCAUGGUAGUUUUAAGUGAAAAACCCUAAACUGCCCAUAGGUGUGAAUGUUAGUGCAAAUGGUUGUUUGUUUAUAUGUACCCUGAGAUUGGCUGGCAACCAGUUCAGGGUGUACCCCGCCUUUCGCCCAGAGUCAGCCGGGAUAGGCUCCAGCACGCCCGCGACCCUCGUGAGGAUAAGCGGUUAGGAAAAUGGAUGGAUGGAUGAUUUAUUUGGCUUUUUAGUAGCCGCUUAACAGAGCAAAAACAUAGACUUGCAACAAAGAAACUUAGCUCCUCUACGAGAGAUCUCAGUUGAGAUGUAUCGCCCAAAAAAAGCAAUACCAAUUCCUACUUUACUAAGCCAGGGUUUUGGCGCCAUCUUGUGGCAUUACAGAUAGAGCAUAAAUACACAAAUAGAUAAGGAUAGGUUCCACAGACAAAAAUUGCGAAUAGGUGAAUUUGUGAAUAGCGAACCGCGAACUCGCUGUAAUAUUAAACAGUGUUAACAGCAUGUCACAAUUCAUGUCAAGUGAAUGUGGAGUUGAGAAAUUGCGUGACCUGAGGCAGAACAGAUAAUUGGCGAUAAGUGGACACAACAUUGCAGAAUGAUCAUGUCAGUCUCCUGGAACGCUAAUCGUCAUUAUGGAUUCCAUCUCCGCAUAAUGUAAGAUCAUCUUUAUAACACUGAGCAACAUGCGGAAGUCACCCCACUUUAACUCAUCUGAAAUGUGAUUAUGUGCUGCUGUGUUGGUGCUGCUGCUUUGGUUAGCAAAAACAUUCUUUUGGGCUCAGCAGUAAGGUCUUUGAUAAUCUGUUUGUAAAUGAUAGCAUCUGAACUGAGGUAAUUCCAGUUAAUACCUUUUUUCAUGAGGAAAGGGAGGCGUUUAUUUGAGUCAAUGUAUGGCGUUUUAUGAGAAAGGACUUUUAACUAUUCGAGGAAAUACAGAAAAAGCGACACCGUGUAGUCCUACAUCAAUUCAAACUAUAACUACAAUAUUGUAGCCACACAUUACAUACAAUAUGUAUGUACACAUGCUGGAACAUAAAAAAAUAAUACCUCUCUAACUGUCAAUAAAACCUGAGCAUUAUUAACUUUGUAAAGGCAAAAUGAUUGAUAUGUGUUGGCUUUCAUACGUUUGUCUGGGUGUAUAUUUUUGGACAGAAUCUAUUUUUAUAACACUGGAAUAAUAUGAGUCGCCAGAGAUGAUGUGUGCGGAGCUUGAAAGAAGACAUUAUUCAAAUAAUUCAGUAUUUUGAUAUUUAGAAACUUUUUUAAUUAUUCUAGAAUUUCUUGAUAAUGUUGUUUCUGAAUACUUCUAUGUAUGUUAUCAGAUGGUGUCAUCUUGCAGUAUUAUGUGAUCCAAUUGCAACCGCUUUAUUUUCACUGUAGGGCUUUGAAAAACUUGAAAAAUAAAAUUAUUUUGUCUAUUACAGCCUGUAGAACUUCCGUCACACUCACGCAGCAUUUUCAACAUUGUGCUCAGAAUG